GUGCUGCUGGCAGUGACUAAGGCUCACGUGCGACGGGUGGGCGGUGGAGGAAGCAGCUUCGAGGCCUCGCGAGCAGCCAAGGGAAGUCACCGUCCCUGAUGGGAGACAGCGUUGUCCCCCCCACCUCGCCGCUCCCCUCGCCUGGGGAUGCCCUGCAGGGAGAGCACACCCCCCCGCAGCGGGACCGACCUGUCCCUCCAGCCCUCAUCCCCUCCGGACAGCCCGUCUCGCCCGUCCCUCCAGCUGUCACCCCCUCCGAAAAGACCCUCUCACCCGUCCCUGCAGCCGUCACCCCCCCCAAGCAGCCCGUCUGCCCCCCAGCUGUGAUGGCCCCCCCCGAGAGCAGCACCCCACAGCGGGACCAACCCGGCCCUCCAGCCACAUUGCCACCAGGACAGCCCGUCUCCCCCAUCCCUGCAGCCGUGGCCCCCUCGGCAGAGAGUGUCCCCCCCUGGUGUGACCGGUCCCCUCCCGGGCCCCCCAGGCCAGCUGUGACGGAGCACCCCAAAGAAGAGGCAUCGCCCCACGCCGCUGGCCAGGGCAUCCCUGCUGCUGCUGCCCCUUGCCCGGCAGAGACGCUGCCCCGCGGGAUUGACCCCCCAGCCCCUGCUGCUGGCGAAGGGGCCCCCUCCGAUGCCAAAAGCCCCCUGGGUGGCACAGCCGGGCCCUCGAAGGACGUGCUGCCCCGCAGUGACCGCCCAGCCCCAGCUGCAGCCUCACCAGCUCCGGCCACCAGCCCCAGACCCAAGCAAGAUGCCCAGAAAGCCCAGGCGAGGCACAAGCAGGCGAAGGAGCGGCGCGAGGAGCGGGCCAAGUACCUGGCUACUUAUUUUCUCUCCUCUCCUCUCCUCUCCUCUCCUCUUCUCCCGGGGUGGGCCAUGUGCGAUGCCCCCGGCCCUGGAUGGGGCUGGCACGCGGAGCAGCCCGUGGUGGGUCCCGGCCGAGCCACAGAGCAGGAACGUGAGGCUGUGGCAGACGGGGGGAGCUGA